AUGCACCAUCGACGCCAGAAAACUGUCUCGAGUCCGAACUCGUCUUCAAAAGGACAACGUGACAGUGGAUAUGAAUCAAUGCAACGAUUACGAUAUUUGAACAAAAAACCUUUGUGCCUGCAGUAUAAUAUGCUCGGCGGCUAUGCCAAGCGAAAUUCAAUGUAUAAGCCGAAAAGAAAAGAGGAAGCUCUCAUCAUCGCCAUUGCGAUCGGACUUGUUAAACUUCUUAUAUGGCUAGCAGCUUUCAUCAAAAAAGAACUUUGGAACUUUCUCACAAAACCUGCAGAGCAGUUGUUUCCAGUUAAGAAAUGUGGAAAUCGAGGAUUCAAUAGCUUAAGUACUUCAGCUUACCAUCAACGAAGACGUUUUCGGAGAAGCAUACGACGGUAUUAUCAAAUUCGAAACUCAAGUCCGGAGAUGAAAAUGCAGACUUAUGAUAGGGAUCUCAGUACUAGAAGAACUAUGAGGUUCCUCACUACGUAUGGUGGACAGUCUCCACUGUGUUUGAAGCAAACUAUUAGUUGA